GAAGAAGGCAUUGUGAAAGAGAUCGACAUCAGCCACCAUGUGAAAGAGGGAUUCGAGAAGGCUGACCCCUCCCAGUUUGAGCUGCUGAAAGUCCUGGGACAAGGGUCCUAUGGAAAGGUGUUUCUGGUAAGGAAGGUAAAGGGGUCCGACGCGGGACAGCUCUAUGCAAUGAAGGUCCUCAAGAAGGCGACUCUGAAAGUUCGGGACCGAGUCAGGUCGAAGAUGGAGCGAGACAUCUUGGCAGAAGUGAAUCACCCUUUCAUUGUAAAACUUCAUUACGCCUUCCAGACGGAGGGGAAGCUGUACUUGAUCCUGGACUUCCUGCGUGGGGGCGACCUCUUCACCCGGCUCUCCAAGGAGGUCAUGUUCACGGAGGAAGACGUCAAGUUCUACCUGGCUGAACUGGCCUUGGCACUGGACCACCUGCACGGCCUGGGGAUCAUCUACCGAGACCUGAAACCUGAGAACAUCCUCCUGGACGAAGAGGGACAUAUUAAGAUCACAGAUUUCGGCCUCAGCAAGGAAGCCAUCGACCACGACAAGAGGGCGUACUCCUUCUGUGGGACCAUUGAGUACAUGGCGCCUGAGGUGGUGAACCGACGAGGACACACGCAGAGUGCCGACUGGUGGUCCUUUGGCGUGCUCAUGUUUGAGAUGCUCACGGGGUCCCUGCCAUUCCAGGGGAAGGACAGGAAGGAGACCAUGGCCCUCAUCCUCAAAGCCAAGUUGGGGAUGCCUCAGUUCCUAAGCGUGGAGGCACAGAGCCUGCUGAGAGCCCUCUUCAAGCGGAAUCCCUGCAACCGACUGGGUGCUGGCAUUGAUGGAGUAGAGGAAAUUAAACGCCAUCCUUUCUUUGUCACCAUAGACUGGAAUAAGCUGUACCGGAAGGAGGUCAAGCCACCAUUCAAGCCAGCAGUGGGCAGGCCUGAGGACACCUUCCACUUUGACCCCGAGUUCACAGCACGGACACCCACAGACUCCCCUGGCGUCCCCCCUAGUGCCAAUGCUCAUCACCUGUUCCGAGGAUUCAGUUUUGUGGCCUCAAGCCUGGUCCAGGAGCCAUCGCAGCAAGAUGUGAACAAAGUCCCAGUUCACCCAAUUGUGCAGCAGCUACACGGGAACAACAUCCACUUCACCGACGGCUACGAGAUCAAGGAGGACAUCGGGGUGGGCUCCUACUCAGUGUGCAAGCGAUGCGUGCACAAGGCUACUGACACCGAGUAUGCUGUGAAGAUCAUCGACAAGAGCAAGAGGGACCCCUCGGAAGAGAUCGAGAUCCUUCUCCGGUACGGCCAGCACCCCAACAUCAUCACUCUCAAAGACGUCUAUGAUGACGGCAAGUUCGUGUACCUGGUAAUGGAGCUGAUGCGGGGCGGGGAGUUACUGGACCGCAUCCUCCGGCAGAGAUGUUUCUCGGAGCGCGAGGCCAGUGAUGUGCUGUGCACCAUUGCCAAGGCCAUGGACUACCUGCACUCCCAGGGGGUUGUCCACCGAGACCUGAAGCCGAGCAACAUCCUGUAUAUGGACGAGUCUGGAAACCCCGAGUCCAUCCGGAUCUGUGACUUUGGAUUUGCCAAGCAGCUGCGCGCUGAGAAUGGGUUGCUGAUGACACCCUGCUACACAGCGAACUUCGUGGCCCCAGAGGUCCUGAAGCGUCAGGGCUAUGAUGCGGCGUGUGAUGUCUGGAGCUUGGGCAUACUGCUGUACACCAUGUUGGCAGGAUUCACCCCCUUUGCGAAUGGCCCGGAUGAUACCCCCGAGGAGAUCUUGGCAAGGAUUGGCAGUGGGAAGUAUGCCCUCUCCGGGGGAAACUGGGACUCCAUCUCAGAUGCAGCGAAAGAUGUCGUGUCCAAGAUGCUACAUGUGGACCCCCGCCAGCGCCUGACAGCUGUACAGGUGCUCAAACACCCCUGGAUCGUCAACAGGGAGUACCUGUCCCAGAACCAGCUCAGCCGGCAGGAUGUGCACCUGGUGAAGGGCGCAAUGGCAGCCACCUACUUUGCCCUAAACAGAACACCUCAGGCCCCACGGCUGGAGCCGGUGUUGUCGUCCAACCUGGCACAGCGCCGAGGCAUGAAGAGACUCACAUCCACCAGGUUGUAGCCGCGGGCUCCGCACCACCAGCCCUGAUGUCUCCUGUGGGCACACAGAAGCCGGACUCCGAUGUUGCCGGCCUGGGCGCCCACGAGGCCUCCGCGGAGGCAGGCGCGCCUCCUGUCCUGCGUUUGCUUUGCAGCCCUGGAGGGAUCCUGACCUGGGGGCUUCUCAGCCUCACUGUGCCAGCCUCGCCACCCUUUGUCCCCAGCAGCACCAAAUGCGCCCCCUUCAGCUCAGUUGCCGUGUGAGGCCGCGGGUUCUCGAGGGACCUUUGGGUCCUCUCCUGUGAUGGCUUCAGUUCAUACGAGAGAUCUUCCAGGGUCAAAGCUAGGAGUCUGGUCAGACCCACCACGGGUGUCCU